AUGGAAUACGUUUUAGAAGCUCUGACCAGAGCUCCAUCACAAGUGCUGGUCAAAAGUGCAAGCCAAUUUGGUGAGGAGGCAGCCAAAGUGCUCGGAGCUUGUAUUGAAGAAUCUCUCAAGAAUUGUACUGAUGAUAUUACAACAAGUAUUAGAGAGAAUAUCAAUUCAAGUGGUAAAAAGAUGUCGAAGGAAAUGGACAAAUAUUCACAGGUUUUAAAAGAAACCGUUGUAGAGGGGUUUGCUGAAUGGGGUAUCGGUAUCGAAAGAGCUUUCUAUCAUCUAGGUCAUAAAUUAGAAAAUGGUUUAAACAAUACAGCAAAUAGGUUGGCUGUGCAGCUUGAUCAAAGCGUCGAUCAAAAUAUGAGCAGAAUUGAUUCAACAAUCAGAGACAGUAUUACGGUGAUCACAAAAGAUUUCAUGAAAGAACAGAUACCGUAUUGGCGAGCCAGUUUCAUGAGAGAAUUGAACAUUAUUCUUAUCUGUUUGUGUGUCAUAACAGCAGGUGUCUUUUCAUUAUGCAUGAGUUGGGCUCUUGGAGGAUAUCAAGUAUUUACUCACAUUCUCACUCAAGAAUUCAGAACUUUAUGCUUUCUAUUUUUUUCUAUUUUAAUGGGAUUUUCUCUUUUCAUUUGGAACAAAGCUAUUGGGGAGAGUAAAACUGCCAAAACAUCAGAAGAAGAAAUAGUGACCUCUACCCCUACUAUUGAUACUCAUGACUCUUCAACAUUAGAACACGAGAAUGUGACUUGGAUGAAGAAAAUUAUUUCAGAGCAACAAAAAUACUACCAAAACAAUCCUCAAUUUCUCCUCAUAAUUGUUGCUUGCCUUGGCUUCUUUAUGGGAGAUUUGGCAAGAGAUGUAUUUAUUUCUGCAUUUUCACCUUCAUCUGGAGCAUCGUCUGGAGUUAUUGCUCAAAUUUUCGAUUUUGUUUCAUCGUGGCUCUAUUUACUUCUAAUUCUAAGCGUUAUGAUUUUUGUUACUAUUGUUGUGAAUAAGAUAAUUGCGAUUGAAGUUGUUCUCAAAAUUUACAGCAUUUGGAGAGAAUAUUUGAAAUUUAGAGAAUUCCUAAAGCAGGAUAAAGGUGAAGAGAUCAAGGCCACUCCAACAAAUUUGCAAGACAACAAGAAAAAAGAAGAAACGAUUUCUAAAAAGACAACGAUAUCUGUUGAUGUACAAACACAAUCUAACCCUAUCACUGAGGAUACAAUGAGUGAUGACUCACAGCACUUUGGUUAUUCAAAUAGAGCUGUUCCUAAAACCAAGGAUACAAAGAAAAGCCACUCUACAGGACACAUUCUUCCUGAAAAUUCAUCUCUUACUAAAUCAGAUGAGCCUGUACGAAAAGCAAGUAGCGGUGAUUUACUUGGAGAGACAUUUGUUGAUACUGAGUCUGACGAUGAUGAACUACCAACACCAAUAACAUCUUCGAGAGGCAUCAAUGAACCAUCUGUAUCCAGUACAUCUUUCAUUCUGUUUUGCAAAGAAAACAGACCUCGCAUUGCAGAAACAAAUCCAGAGCUCACAUUCUUUGAAGUUAGGAAAAAAUUAGAAGAAAUGUGGAGAAGCAUGAGCUCUGAAGAAAAGCAGCCUUACGAGACUCGUGCAAAAGAAAUGACAGACCAACUGUAG